GAAACCAGACGUUAAUCGAAACGUUUGCGAACCUUUACGAGAGGCGCACAGCCUGAAUUUCGAGUCGUUCCAAGUGAACCAUCGAUCAUUUCUCAUAUCUCAAACAGAGAUGUCUGCGCCUGAAUCUCACAGAUAUCGUAUAGGCUAUGCUCUUGAACCCAAGAAAGUCCAGAGCUUCAUCCUCAAGCCCCUUCUUGAUUGCGCGAACGAACGUCGGAUCGAUCUCAUACACAUCGACCUGGCCAGAUCCUUGAUUGAACAGGGCCCUUUUGAUUGUAUCAUUCACAAAUUAUACGGACAAGAUUGGAAGAAACAGUUGGAUGAAUUUUCGGCAGCAUACCCAAAAACGGUCAUAAUAGAUAGCCCCGAGUUAAUUGAGCGGCUUCACAAUCGAGUAUCGAUGCUCGAGGUGGUGAACCAGAUCAAUAUUCCCCUGGAAAACGACACUAUCGGGAUUCCCAAACAGCGGGUCAUCCAGGAAUCGAAAGCACUCGACGACGCCAACGCAAUCGAGGAACUAGGUUUAAAUUUCCCCCUCAUAGCAAAACCCUUGGAAGCUAAUGGAGGCCCUAAUUCCCACAAUUUGUCUCUGGUUUUCGAUCAUAGCGGGCUCAAGACGUUGAGUAUUCCUGUGGUUCUCCAAGAAUUUGUGAAUCAUGGAGGAGUUAUAUUCAAAAUUUAUGUGGCUGGGCAACACAUAAGUUGCGUCAAACGGAAGUCCUUACCUGAUAUACCACAGGAGAAGUGGGAAACUAUGAGUGGUGCGCUGCCAUUUUCGCGGAUAUCAAAUUUGGCCGUCCAAGAUAACAGCCAUACCGAGAACGAUGAUAGUGCCCAAAACAACGUUGAGAAAGCCGAAAUGCCGCCAGAGAGUUUGAUAGUAGGAUUAGCCAGAGCAAUGAAGGAGGCGAUGGGCCUUAAUCUAUUCAACGUUGAUGCAAUUAGAGAUGCUAGAGAUCGGACAAGGUACCUGGUUAUUGAUGUCAAUUACUUUCCUGGAUAUGCAAAAUUGCCAACUUACGAGUCCUUCUUCACCAAGUUUUUGUGGGACAUUGUACAUCAUAAACGUGCUUAGACAGGCGCUGAUCUUCCAGCUUAUACGACGUCUCAGCCUCAUGACUAUAGACAUGACUGCUUAGACAAGUCAGAGGGUGGAGCUAGAAGGACGCAAGUGGAUGGAAACAAAGCAAGCUAACAAAUAAUGUAGUUGACUUUGAUUUUUAGCAAAAUAAAUUUUCUGUGCUACGCUGCAAAGGGUUAAUUAAAAAAGGAUUUAAAAAUAAAAACGUUUAAUUUCAAAGGGUCAAAAGCUGCCCAAGAAGCUGAGAUAUGCAACAUUGCACAACAGACCAUCAAAGAUUGAUUAUAGGCAGACUUCGUACCAUUGCAGUCGUGUGUUUUGCUGUUAUGUGUUCUCACGUGACCUUGUUGAUUUCCUGUGUUUACAUCUCCUCCUUUGAUCGACAGUACUUGUCUUAAUUCCAUUAGCAUUGCAAUAGUAA